CACUAUAACAUUUCUUGAAGUUUACCUGUGGACUGUGGUCUCGAAUACAAUGGCUUCUACAAGUCGGUCCUUGGCCCUACUCUUUAUCGUGGGAAUUUGGGCUUGUCAGGCCUCGUCCCGUUCUGUUCCUGAGGUAUCCAUGUCUGACAGGUUUGAACAAUGGUUGGCUAGCUGUGGUCGAGUUUAUCAGGAUGCCUCCGAGAAGGAGAAACGUCUCCAGAUAUUCAAGGAAAAUGUGGAGUACAUCGAAUCUCAUAAUGCUGAUACCAGCAAAAAGUACAAGCUUGGUGUUAAUGAAUUUACAGACUUGACCAAUGAAGAGUUUAAAGCCAUGAGAAAUGGUUAUAAACUGAGACCUUCCACUUCUUCAAAAAAAUCUUCUUUCAGGUAUGAAAAUGUUGCUGCAGUUCCAUCUAGCAUGGAUUGGAGAAAGAAAGGAGCUGUGACCAACAUCAAGGACCAAGGCCAAUGCGGAUGUUGCUGGGCAUUCUCAGCCGUGGCAGCCAUGGAAGGAAUCAACCAGCUGAAAACUGGUAAAUUGAUCUCACUAUCAGAGCAAGAGUUAGUUGAUUGUGAUAUCAAUGGGGAAGACCAAGGCUGCAAUGGUGGUUUCAUGGAUAAUGCUUUUGAAUUUAUAAUUUCAAACAAAGGGCUUACAACUGAAUCCAAUUACCCCUAUGAAGGAGUUGAUGGAAGCUGCAACAAGAAAAAAGCAGCCAACCAUGCUGCUCAGAUCACUAGUUUCGAAGACGUACCUUCAAAUAGUGAGGCAGCACUGCUAAAAGCUGUGGCCAAUCAACCAGUUUCAGUUGCCAUUGAUGCCGGUGGGUCUGACUUCCAGCACUACAAAAGUGGUAUCUUCACUGGCGAAUGCAGCACCUUCCUUGACCACGGGGUUACAGCAGUUGGUUAUGGAACAGCUGAUGAUGGGACUAAGUAUUGGUUGGUGAAGAAUUCGUGGGGCACUAGCUGGGGUGAGGAUGGAUACAUUAGGAUGCAGAGAGAUAUUGAUGCUGAAGAAGGUCUUUGUGGUAUUGCCAUGGAAGCUUCUUACCCAACUGCUUGA